AAAAAAUGUAGUUUCUUGGAAUGUAAUGCUCAACGGGUAUGUAAAAGCAGGUUCGCUCGAUCUAGCGAGGGGUCUUUUCGAAGACAUUUCUGAAAAAGAUGUGGUUUCAUGGGGCACGAUUAUCGACGGGUACGUGCAAGCCGGGAGAUUGGGUGAGGCUCUCGAUCUGUAUAACCGAAUGACUCACACAGGCUUGGCCCCUAAUGAAGUUAUGAUAGUCGACUUACUUUCUUGCUGUGGACAGGCGGGGAAGCUCGUCGAGGGGCGUCAGUUUCACUGUCUCGCGAUGAAAACUGGUUUUAACCUUUACCAUUUCAUGCAGGCGACGUUAGUUCAUUUUUACGGAGCCUGUAGAGAAAUUAAAAACGCCGUUUUGCAGUUCGAAGAAGGAAGUAGCGAGCAUGUGGCGUGUUGGAACGCGCUUAUAUCGGGUCUAAUGAGAAACGGGAUGGUGGAUGAGGCCGUGCAAAAGUUUAGCACAAUGCAUGAAAGAGACAUUUUCUCAUGGAGCUCGAUGAUUUCUGGCUGCUCGCAAAACGGGCAGCUUAAUUUGGCCGUCGAGCUCUUUCACGAGAUGGUGGAAAAGGGGUUCGAGCCGAACGAGAUUACGAUGAUCGGCGUUUUUUCUGCUAUAUCGGGCCUGGGCCUUCUGGACGAGGGUAAACGGGCCCACGACUAUAUUUGCAGGAAUAGAAUCACAAUCAACAAUAAUCUGAGUGCUGCUAUUAUCGACAUGUACGCCAAAUGCGGGAACAUAAAUUUGGCUUUGGAAACGUUUUAUAAUUUUCGAGAGCAAGCAACAGAGGUUUCGCCAUGGAAUUCAAUUAUAUGUGGCCUAGCCAUGCACGGCCAUGUGGAAAUGUGUUUGAAGAUUUUUUCAGAUCUGCAGAGGCGAAAAAUAAGUCCCAACUCGAUCACGUUCAUAGGUGUGCUGAGCGCGUGCUGCCAUGCUGGACUUGUGGAAACAGGGGAAAUGCAUUUUAAGAGCAUGAGAUGUGUUUAUGGUUUAGAGCCGAAUAUUAAGCAUUAUGGGUGCAUGGUGGAUUUGUUGAGUCGGGCAGGGAGGUUGAGAGAGGCUGAGGAGCUCGUAAAUAGUAUGCCGAUGAAGGCUGAUGUCAUCAUAUGGGGUAUGCUGUUGGCUGCGUGUAAAGUGCAUGGAGACACGGAUAUAGGAGAGAGGGCAGCUCGGAAUUUGGCUGACGUGGAGCCCACGCAUGGGCCGAGUAGAGUUUUGCUUUCGAACCUUUAUGCAGAUGUGGGGAGGUGGGAUGAUGCUUUUGUUGUGAGAAGGGAAAUGCGUGUGGGGAAGCUUUCGAGGUGCCCGGGUUAUAGUGGCGUUGUGUGAGAUUUUUGGUUUUGAGAAAUAAAGCUUGUGCUAUGGAAAUUGGAGGGUAUGAAGCUCCAAACUUGAGGAAACUUGCAGACAAAAUUGCAGCUUCAGGCUUCUUGGUAGUGGCUCCUGAUUUUUUCUAUGGUGAUCCUUUUGGCCUUGAAAAGUCUAGAGAAUCAUGGCUAGAGGCUCAUAGUCCGGACAAAGGUUGUGAGGAUGCCAAGAUUGUAAUUGAUGACUUAAGAAGCAAAGGAGUGUCCAAAAUUGGAGUAGCAGGUUUCUGUUGGGGAGAAGUCAAGAUUCCAAUUGCAAUAUUGGGAGCAGAAAUCGACAAGCACGCACCACCUGAGCUCUUGAAAAAACUAGGAGAUAUUUUAUCAGCAAAAGCAGAGGUCGAUAGCUUUGUGAAGAUAUUUCCUGGUGUUGGUCAUGGAUGGACAGUGAGAUACAAGGAUGAUGAUGAAUUUGCUGUCAAGACUUCGAUAACCCGAUCCGAGACGCCAUUUCCAGGAUCCGGUUUGCUCCCGCCUCGAACAAUCUCCUCAUUUCCUCAUGGGACUCGGCAAGUUCUUCGACUUUAUGACGUGGAUGAAUCCGAGGUCCGAUUGGAAACUCCGACGACCCGAGGCGCAGCCCUUCUCGAUUGUUGUUUCGAGAGUGAGUCGGUGGCUCUAACGGCUAAUUCUGAUGGUUCAGUUGUCAGGUAUGAUAUGCGAUUGGGGAACAGCAAUGCAAUAGGAAAACAUGAUGAUGCAGCAACCUGUGUUGAAUACUCUGAGGAAACAUGUCAAAUCAUUACUUCUGGUUGGGAUAACAGCAUAAAGUUUUGGGAUGCACGGUCAGGCAGGGUCGAUUCUAUGUCAAUUUCUGUUUUCAAUUUGAUGGUUGCUCUCAAGUCUUCAGUGCAUAUAUAUGACUUGCGUUACUUAGAUAGGGAGGUUCGGGUUAAUGAACCUUUCACAGACAUCCAUGUAAAUUGUGUCCGCUCAAAUUCAAAUUUAGGAGGAUUUAUGACUGGAUCUAUAGAUGGGAGGGUUGCGUUGGAAUAUUUUGGUGAUUCCGGCUCUCAGAAAUGUGGGUAUGCAUUCAAAUGCCAUCCAAAGAGCAAAGAUGGAAGACAUCAUCUGGUAGCUGUAAAUGACAUUGCUUUCAAUCCAGUCUUAUGCGGUGUCAUUACUGGUGACAAUGAGGGUCAUGCAACAAUGUGGGAUGUUCAGAGCAGGAGACACUUAAUGGAGUUACCAAGAUAUCCCAAUAGUGUUGCUUCGCUGGCUUAUAACCAUGAUGGACAGCUUUUGGCAGUUGCAUCAAGUUUUACUUACCAGGAAGCUAAUGAAAGGGAACUGCCACCUCAGAUAUUUUUGCACCAAAUGGAUGAUAUUCAGCUUACAUCAGCUGUUGAAAUGAUUUAUAAUCAAAUGCAGGGGCCCUUAGAUCCGAUUUGCCGCAUCAUUUCUAAGCUUUUUUGUAUCUCCACUUUCCUUAAGUUCUAUGGGAAUGCCUUUUCAAAGAUAUAUCGUGUAGAGAUGGCUUCUGGUGCUAGCAAAUCAGCAGCAUUCAUGCUCUUGGUGCUCAAUAUUGUUCUCUACUUGAUUGUCAUUUUUAUUGCUUCAUGGGCAGUGAACCAUGGAAUUGAAAGAUCACACAAAAUGGCGUCUGUGUUGUCUCUCCCAGCACAGAUUUUUCCUAUAUAUUACCCGUUUGGAAACUCGGCUACUGGUUUUGUAGUCCUUCUUUCACUUAUAGCUGGAGUUGUGGGAUUUACUACAUCAGUUACUGGAAUUGGUGAAGUAAUUCAAUGGGAUGCUCCAAAUUUACAUGCAGCUGCUACAUCUUCUCUCAUAUCUUGGUUACUCACAAUGCUGUCCAUGGGACUUGCAUGCAAGGAGAUCGAUAUAGGGUGGACAGAUUCAAACCUGGUAAAGGAUUUGAGAACACUGGAGACUAUUUUGAUACUUUUGGGUGGGACUCAGCUUUUCUGCACUGCUGCGAUCUAUAUAGGGGUUGAUGACUUGGAUGUGGUGGCAGAAUACAAAAUCUCCAUGCAUUGCAAUGCAUGUGAAAAGAGUGUUGCAAAAGUCAUUUCCAAAAUCAAAGGUGUGGAGAAGAUUGUAACCGAUAUGACGAACAACAAAGUGGUGGUAACUGGAAAAAUUGAUCCGCACAAAGUAUUGAAGAAAUUGAAAAAGAAAACUGGAAAGAGGGUCGAGCUGCUAUUUUUGGAGGACCCAAAUGCUAAAAAAGACGAAGAGGAAAGAAUAGAAGAUAAUAACAAACAAGUCAUGAUGAAUUCUUGGAUGGUUCAUUACUAUGGAGAGGGCGAAAUGCACAUGAUGUUCAAUGAUGAGAAUCCAAAUGCUUGUUGGAUAAUGUGA